AUGCCGCCCCCCUCCCUCCUCCUCUUCACCACCUCCCAAACCCCCCUCCCCCUCCGCUACCCCCACCCCCAAAAACCAACCCUCGCCCUCCCUCCCCUCCUCCACCGCUCCCUCCACACCGCCCUCGACAGAGACGACCCUUCUCUCCGCUGGCAAGACGGCGCUAUCUGCAUCCUAGAUCCCCAAUCUCUCGGCCGUUCAGAGCCGCUGCCAGUCGAGAACGGCCAUGCGGCGCCAGAAAGUGUACACGAUGAGAGGGAGGUGACUGUGAAAGUGCAUCUUGUCGCCGCGGGGCCGGAGGAUGGGCCGGGGAGCGCGAGUACGCGAGCGGGGUACGUACCCGAAGCUUUGGCUUUGCUGCAAACUACAAAAGGGCUCGGUCUGCCGGAUAAUCUGCUGGUGGGGUUCAAAGGGAUUGAUUAUAAAGGUACAAAAACCGGCACGAAAGACGUCGCCGGACCAGAGAAACCCUCCAGCCCCAGUCUGCCUCUUCCGGCAGCACCCUCCACAACAGUCAUCCCCCCCGAGCUCGAAGCCCAAGUCUUGGCAGUCUGGUCCCACCUCUUCACUUCCAAAUCGUCUCUCCUCCAACCAGGCGGCAAGCUCGGCUCCAUGUAUGCGCCUUUGAACCUCUUGAAAAAGUUGGUGGAGAGGGGAGAAGGAGGGGAAGGGGAAGGGGAAGGGGUGGAGGCGAAUGUGUUGGAUACGCCGGAUUGUCAUCAUUUGCCGGGAGAGUAUGCGGGGUAUGCGAGGGAGAAGGGGGUGCAGCUUUGGGCGGGCGGUGGACGGGAGGGGUCUGACCCAAUCCCAUCACCCCACCUCCAAAACUCCCUCCACGAGUUCCUCCCCCUCCUCCGCUCAUCUCCCCUCCUGCCCAUCGAAGCUCGUCAACUCCUCAGCAACAAGAAAUUGGAUAAGCAAGUGGCGGUGACGGAGGAUGGGCUUGGUUUUGUUGAAAGUGGGGAAGGUGGGGUGGAGGUGCGGUGGGCUUUGAGUUAUACGGUCAUAUCGAAAACCAGAAACGUCGUCGAAGACAAGGGGUAUAUCAUCGCCGCCGACUUCUUACCAUGA